GGCGGACUCGAGUUCUCUUUGCCCUUUACAUCAUUGCUCCUUGCCGAUCCUUGACAUCUCAUGACUACCAGCAUACAGAGCAGCUGCUCAUAGAAUCGUCACAUAAGCAAGCCCUUGUGGCUCCUAAUCAUGUCACUCAACCCGUCAUCGACGACGCAGCAUCACCCCCUCAUCUCCUCUCGUCCCAACUCCCCUGGCGAGCCUUCGACAUCCUACCUCGUUCCCUCACGAACAGACUCGCCUAGCGGUGGUCUCACGCCAAGGAGGCGGCGAGGCGGUGCGCAGUCGUCCGCCAGCUCAGAGCCUGCAGCCACUCCACCGCUAGAUGACGAGGACGAUAAGAAGCAGUCAGGGCUCCGUCCCACGCCGCUGCAUCGCAUUGAAUCCUUCUUUGGUCUCGAUGAAGCUGCACGCCCCACACCGCCGCCUCGACGGCCACCAGCGUCAGCAACCUCGACCUUGUCAGCAGGAUCACAGCAGCCGCAAACCCGCCUCGUCCUGCAGCACACUGUCGCUACAACCGAUACACUCCAGUCCCUUGCCUUGCGCUACAAGACGGACGUGCCAACAUUGCGAAGGGUGAAUGGCCUAUGGCCUGGCGACAGCGUACUCAGUCGUAAGAUUCUGUGGGUGCCACUGGACAAGUGCAAGGACCUAGCAACGCGAGAGGAUGCCAAGGUGGGAACUUUCGAGGGGGGUAGUGUGGUAGAGGCUACUCCCUCUGCGUUAGGGCUGAAGGGAGGCGCUAGCAGCAUAAGCAAUAGCGGUCCUGGCUCUCAUGUCAAUGGGUCGCUCAAUGGCGGCGCAGCACGAAGCACUCCGUCCGCUUCAGGGCCAAGCACAUCCCUAUCACGCUCCCGAUCCACCUCCCCAUCUCAAUCCCUCUCUCACUCACGCUCAGCUUCCCAGUCUCAAUCAAACUCCCACUCCCCACCAGUGGUUCGGCGUCUACCCUCAGAAGUUCUCGGGCACUUCCCUGCAGCACCGCGUUCAGACGUCCUGGCCAAGGGGAAAGCGAAAGCUGCCGAUCAAUGGGACGACGAAGUUACUAGUGCGCGGCCUAAGCACAAGCUUGGGCCAGGGCCUGGGAUGGCUGGCUUUAGACCAGGGGAGAGUGGGCUGGAGGAUUUGCUCGGACGGGACGAAGAAGAGUCCCGGGUUCAAGGACCCUUGCAGAUGGGAGGCAAGACACCGAUGCUGGGAUCCGAGGAGCACAGGUCGUCCACCCCUUCUUCACAGUCACCUUCGAGGCCGGCAUCGCCGCCUGUGGACGAGUGGAAGCCGAAUAUAUGGCACAUGGGAUCGGGAGGGAGCAACAAGGAGAGCGAGGCCACUGGUAGCGCCCCAUCAGCGGCUCAACCGCCACAGGAAUCUCCGACAAAAGGCCUUCGCCCGCUCAGACUCGUGGACCAAAGCAUACAGGAGUGGUCAGAUCGCCAAGCGACUUCUUCUGUCUCCUCAUCGGCCAACACUGGCGGUGCAGGCUAUCAAGGGUGGAACGACGUCCCCACCCUCGAAGCCUAUGCGAAGGGCCGGGUGGCAGAGGCGUAUGGCGCGCCAUCUUCUGGCAAGGGAAAGAAGGCAGGAGGAAGAGCCGCACGAGCUCACCAUCGCUUCAUUGACGACUUGGCGGCAGGCUUGCCGGCGAAUACCGGCGCGGCAAGUAAGUGGGCGAGACCAAUUGGUGACAGCGUGCCCACUGCUGCGGCGGCCGCUGCUAGUAAGGCUACCCCCCAACAGCGUGCGGGUCAAGGAAGAGCGCCCGGUUUGCUCAAUGGCUCAGGUGUAGGUCUCCGCUCCCUCCUCUCUGACGCCCUGCGCGGUCGAAUGGGGCUGGACGAAGCUCUUUCAAAGGGCUUCGAGGAGGUGCUGAACCGCACAGAGGCGUGGGAAACACUACCUCGUGAGGAGCUGGAGCACGCUCGGCGAGUAGGGGCUUGGCCUGCUGCCAGCGGAGUGACACCGACCGCUAUCCCUGCGCGUCUUCAGCAGCCGCAAGGAGUUGGAGGGGGUGGAGAGGGCAGACCGAGGAUCUCAGCAGAGGAGGCGAGGCGAAGCCUCGGCCGUUCUGCUGGGCGGGCGGUCGCGCGAGAUGGGCAAGCUGGCGGCAGUAGCGCCGAUGGACUUGACAAUGGGAGUGUAAUGAGCGGCGACAGUGCUGUGGGAUCAGGCGGGCCCCCUCGUCGCAAGAGCCAACACGAAAUGGCGACCCUUGGACCUCCGCCUGCGAGACCGGGCGGGCCGAUGCAGAGGAGAGGGUCGCGCAACAAUGUCUCUCAGGAGAACAGUGAUUUGGGCACUGGUAGGUGGGGGUGGUGAGAGCAUGUAUGAUAAAUGCCAAUGUCAUUGCUUCUGAGCUGCACAGCUAUCUGUUAGAAGUGGUGUGGCCGUGGCGCGGGCGGGCGGUGGCGGACAGACUUGGGAGAAGGCAACUUGGAUUUGGCGG